AGCAGGGAUUUUCCUGUCAAUUUGCUGACAUUUUAAACUCGCUAAAAAAAAAAUUUAAAUUAAUUGCAAAUUCCCAGUAAAAAGGACACUUUUUGACAGCGCCAAACAAUGAAGAAGCGAAGAGAAACCAAUGAAGCCAUGGGCAGUAGAACAAACCUGAACGUGGGCGAUGGACCCGCCGCGCCUGUGGUAACGUUGUCCGCGGAAAACAUCACGGAGAAGCCGGCGCCCUCGUGGGUGGAAUGGGUGGAGAGGAACUCCAAGCCGCUGGUGCGCAAGCGGCACAAGGAGGAGCGCGAGCCGACCAAGUGGCAGAAGAAGGGGCCCAUGAAGAAGAAGGACUGGAAGAAGUUCUUCCGUUGGGCAGAGACGCGAGCCACGCCACAGGAGCGCAAGUUCAAGGAGCAGGAGUUGUUUCAACCAAGCGGCAGGGCCGCAGAGAGUCCGGACGAUUACGAUCAGGCCGACAAGCUCGAGGAACUGGCAAAGCCACGCAUUGUUAACAAGAAGCACCAGUUCCACGAUGACGAGCCGACCUAUUCCCCUGUCAUCGUUUUGGGACAGCCGCCCCAUCGGGACAAGGGACGUCCCUUCCAGCCUCCCUACGUGCCCUGCUGCUUCGUCCACGACGAAGUCGAGGCCAGCUUCUGGUCCCAGCUGCGCUUCCCCAUUCGCAAGGAAGCCCUUCGGGGCAUUGCCACACCGCGCAUCAUCAAUCUGGCCAAGCCGCGCACCCUGCCCAUCCACCCACAUUGCCCCAUUCCACCGCGCACACUCGAUCCGCUGGACGUGCCACCACCGAAGCGCAAAAAGUUCACGGCACAGGGCUGGCGCCUCCACCAGAUACGCCUGAUAUAUCUGUCCAAACCCACACACAGGGGGCACUACCAGUACUUUUAUAUUUGAGAAGUAGUACAUGUCUGUACCUCCCAUUUGGGUCGUGUCAUUUCUUUAGUUCGGAUUGGAUUAAAAUUUGAAGUGUG